UUGGGUGAUGUUCACGUUUUGAGAAGGAAGACUUCCAUAAUUAUUUCAGAAUGCCUGAGCUGGUGUACGAAGAACUUUUGCGCUUAGUUACACCAAUUAUAGCUAAACAGGAUACUUGCAUGAGAGAAGCUAUUUCACCGCAUGAACGUUUAAGUGCAACAUCACGAUUUUUGAUAACUGAUGCUACAUAUACAGAUUUAAUGUAUUCAUCAGUAAUAUCAAGACAGUCAUUGGGAAACAUUCCUGAGACAUGCGAUGCAAUUUACUCUGCACUGAAGACAUAUUUGAAGUUCCCGAACUCAAAACAAGAAUGGAUAGCAAUCGCUGAAGAGUUUGAGCGUAGAUGGCAAUUUCCAAAUUGCUUAGGAGCUGUUGAUGGGAAACAUUUUGCUAUAGUCCCUCCUGCUGGAGCAGGGUCACAUUUUUUUAAUUAUAAAGGAUAUCAUAGUAUCGUUUUAUUGGCAAUUGCUAAUCUAAAUGAUGAAUUUAUCUAUGUGGAUAUUGGAACAAAUGGACGUAUUUCUGAUGGUGGUGUAUUACGAAAAACUAAGUUCUUUCAAAGAUUCGCUUCUAAUAGUGUAAAUCUUCCUAGUCCCAGAAAACCAAGUGGACAUUUAGAGGAGUUGCCUUAUGUAUUUAUUGGCGAUGAGGCUUUUGCUUUGAGGACAGAUUUUAUAAAACCAUACCCACAAAGGCAAUCUCAGGCUCGCUCAAGUAAAAUAAUAUACAAUUACAGAGUACAGGGCUAGAAGAAUUAUGGAAAAUGUUUUUAGAAUUUUGGCAGCAAGAUUCCAUAUUUUUCGAUCGCCUAUAAAUGCCAUUGUUCGCAAUAUUAAAAAAAUGGUUUUGGCAUGUUGUGUAUUACACAAUUUUUUAAGAAAAAAAGCAACACAAAUUUACAGUCCACGUCAAUAUUUUAAUAGUGAGAAUCAUAAAAGUGGAACUCUUUAAUUAGGAAUGAGGCCACAAAAAGGAGAAUUGAAACCACUGCAACAAACACAUGAUCAGAAUUCCACUCGACAUGCAAAA